AUGGAGUCUCUCCCCGAAGCAGUCCUGAUCAGAAUCCUGGCUUCCAUACCUGCGGUGGAUUUGGUGCAGGCGUGCCGCCUGGUCUGCUGCCAGUGGAAGAACCUGGUCGAUGGGCAAAACUUCUACUUCCUGAGUAAGAAAAGGAAGAAUCUCAUCAAGAACCCAUGUGGGGAAGAAGACUUGCAGCACUGGGGAGAGGUAGAGAAUGGAGGUGAUGGCUGGAAAAUUGAAGAGCUCCCUGGGGACUUUGGAAAAGAAUUCCCCAGUGAAGAAGUCCAUAAAUACUUUGUUACGUCUUAUGAGUGGUGUCGAAAGGCUCAGGUCAUUGACCUUAGGGCUGAGGGCUACUGGGAAGAGCUGAUGGAUACAACCCAGCCUAAAGUCGUGAUAAAAGACUGGUACGCAGGACGUAGUGAUGCCGGCUGCCUCUAUGAGCUCUGUGUGAAGCUGCUCUCAGAGAACGAGGAUGUUUUGGCUGAGUACAAAAGUGAGACUAUUGCUAUCCCACAGGAUAAUGACGCCAACUGGACUGAGAUCUCCCACACCUUUUCCAACUACGGGCCUGGGGUCCGCUUUGUCCGCUUUGAACAUGGUGGCCAGGACACACUAUUCUGGAAGGGCUGGUAUGGCGUACGUGUUACCAACAGCAGCGUGACAGUGGAGCCAUAG